AUGUCAUAUUUAAUUAGUUCAAUAUUUCGGCCUUCUGAAAUUACUGCUCUAAUAUACUACAAGUAUUAUCAAUCAACUCAUAUAUUACAAAUUGAUCCAAAAAAUAAACGCAAGAAAAGAUGUUAUGAAUUUUUGAGACAGACUUCUCGUUCUUACGCAACGCUAAUUCCAGAAAUUCACAAAGACUUGAGGGAUGAGGUUUGUAUAUUUUACUUAAUUUUGCGUGGUUUGGAUACAAUCGAAGAUGAUAUGACAAUUCCCAUCGAAAAGAAAGAGCCAUUGUUAAGAAAUUUUCAUGAAAUUAUUUUUAAAAAAGGAUGGACUUUUACAGAAAACGGGCCUGAUGAAAAAGAUCGACAGUUGCUUCUUGAAUUUAAUAUUGUAAUUGAUGAAUUUUUGUGCUUGAAAAAAGAAUUCAGGGAUAUUAUAGCAGAUGCCACCAAGGAAAUGGGAAAUGGAAUGGCAGAUUAUGCUAAUGAUCCUGUACAUAAUAAAUAUGGUAUCGUGACCCUUAAAGAUUAUGAUAAAUAUUGUUAUUCUGUAGCAGGAUUACCUGGUAUUAGUCUUACCAGAUUAUUUGUCGUCAGUGGAUUGGAAGAUCCAGAAAUUGGCAAGAACCUAGAAUUAGCAAAUACGGUGGGAUUAUUUAUACAAAAAACCGGUAUGAUCCGAGAUUAUUUAGUUGAUGAUCAAGAGGGACGUCAAUGGUGGCCAAAGGAAAUUUGGUCUAAAUAUUUUAAAGACUUUUCAGAACUAAAGAAACCAGAAAAUGCAACGGGUGCUGUUAAUUGCUUAUCAGAUAUUAUUCACAAUGCACUUCUACAUGUACCUGAUUGUUUGACAUUUAUGAAUCGAACAAAAGAACAAAGUUUUUUUAAUUUUUGUGCUAUUCCGCAUGUUAUUGCAAUAGCUAGAUUAUCAAUUUGGUUUAGGAAUCAUAAUUUCUUUAAAAAACAUGUCAAACUUCGAAAAGGCCAUCGUGUCAUUGCUAGUAAAAAUGAUCCACAAGACCCAAAUUAUUUGAAAAUCGGUAUGGCAUGUGAUUGA